GCGCACCGAACCUAAAGGCACCGUCUACACACACACACACACAAACACACGUGCGCCGCGGAACAAAAACACAAUCACACGAGUGUGCAUAUUUAAAAAUAGAGCAGGAGCAACACUUUUUUUGAUUGUAGGCUACUUUAUUUUCAGUUUGUACAUUAAUCAAACCCAUCAAAGUCCUCAUCCUCUGUUUCUGCAUUAAAGAGCUGCGUACCCUACGGCGUAGGCUCUGCGUCGAUUUAACGCGGAACCAUAAAUCAGGGUUCACUUUGAACGGCCGGUGUUGCACCGGUGUUCUGCCAAUAUCUGCCCCCUGCCGUUAGCCAUUGAUGACGAAUGCAGACGUAAUUUUCCCCGCAUUAUCUUUGGUUAGACACUAGUCUGUGGUAAAUGUGUUGGUUGUUGCAUAUUAUGGUAAAUGUGUGGAGUGUUCCAUAAUUAUGACAAAAACACUUGUCUCUUCAGCUAUUAUGGUCCAAGCACUUCAACCCCAAGUAAAAGACAGUUGAAGAAGCACCACCUGACUGCACCAUCACUUUCCAGUAUUGGACAUGCAUCGUCUGAAACGUUUUCAAAUCGAGAAGACCUGCCACCUACAGGGGAAGCAUUGGAAGAUGAGGAGUGCACCAUGGAUGCCUCAGAAGUUCUAGAGGGGAGUCUACAGAACAUGAGCAUCCAGGAUGCUGAAACCCUGCUCAUGAAUGAACAUGAGAUAAAUGACCUAAUGAACAGUGUAAUUGAUUGGGGUGACAGUGAAGGUGUUAGCAGGGAUGAGGAGAUUGAAGCAGAUGACAGUGAAGAUGAAGACUAUGUCCCUUGUAUUUGUAUUCGGUUGGCUGGAGCAUUGCAGGCACCUCCCUGCCUUGACAAUUUGCCGGUGAUAGAUGCCAGUGAGACUGUUCAUGACAUCCCGGAUGUAGAGCCUCCAUCAGUCGCCUUACCUCCUCUUCAACAGCCUGACUUUCCGGGUACUCUGGAAGUCAUGACUGAAGAUGACUUAAUUGGGAAACGUGCCUCUAUGAUUUAUGAAGACUGUUUGAAGCAGCUUGCAACAUUCCUUGUGCUUCCGGUCCAAAAGUGCCCACACAGAUGUGAUGUAACCCAAGUGGAGUGUCAGUGUCGCCCUCCAUUUGAAGUCUCCAUUAUCCGCAGGGGUACUGCAAGUAUCAUGGAAUGGACCUGUCCUGUUGGCCAUACUGUGUGGAGAUGGAGCUCACAGCCCACUGUGAAGUACGGGAUGCUGGCAGGGGAAUUCAUGUUGGCCACAAACAUCCUUCUGUCAGGAAGCAAUUACGCCAAAGUUGCACUUCUGUUUCAGUUCAUGAACAUGGGAAUGGUGGACCGUAGUUCAUUUUUCACAAUUCAGGAUUCAUACGGCGUAGACACAGUGAAGGAGUUUUGGGAGGAGAGGAGGGCUGAGGCUAUAGAUCGCCUACAGGACAGAGAUGUGGUAAUAGUAGCGGAUGGAAGAAUGGACAGUCCUGGACAUUGCGCCCAGUACUGCACUUACACUGCAAUGGAGAAUGAGUCCAGAGAAAUAAUCUCCGUAAUAACUGUUGACAAACGGGAGACUAGGCGUAACUCUGUCAUCAUGGAGAGGGAGGCAUUUGUGCGGACAGUCGACACACUUCUGAAGGAAGUAAAACUUGUGGAGGUCUGCACUGAUGCCCAUGUCCAGAUCUCCGCACUCAUGAAGAAAGGGAAGUACAAAGAUCUUGGGCUACAGCACAGCUUGGAUAUGUGGCAUGGGGCCAAGCAUUUGGCGAAAAGGAUCCAUGCUGCUUCACAGGUGAAGGGUCAGUCCAGUUUGAGCUGUUGGCUAAAAGAUAUUGUCAACCACUUUUGGUGGUGCUGCAAAACAGCUGAUUCAUGCCAAGAGUUUCUUGAGCUGUGGUUUGGGCUCCUACACCAUGUCACGAAUGAACACAGGUGGGUACUGGGAGGCUGCCAGCAUGCAGACUUGCAAUCAGGGGGAACUCAAGAGUGGCUUGAGCGAGGCUCCAUGGCACACGAGGCCCUGAAGAGUAUUGUGCGAAACAAGCGAUGGCUCAACGAAGUUCACAAAUACCUGAACUUCAGGUCCACUGCUGAUCUGGAGUCCUUCCAAAAUCAUAUUUUAAUGUAUGCCAGCAAACGCUCAGCAUUUAGCCCUCCUGUCUUUGAGGCCAGGAUGCUCCUCGCAGCGAUCGAUUAUAACUACCACAAGGACCGCCCAGAGUUGUGCAAGUCUGAUGGAAGCAAGCAGUACAGGAGGCUGUACAAGAAAAAUGCCCAAAGGUAUAUGCUGUACACCAAGAAGACAUCGAAGACCUAUGGCUACAUCCCAGAACUGCAAACAAAGAUUCUGCAAAAGAGGCUAGCUGGCAAGGGAAUGCCCAGGCGGAGGAGUCUUUGACCCGAUGACCCCAGAAAGUACGGACCUCUUCCCCCUGUGCCGGCACCAACCAAGGAGGAACUCCUGCGCACCCAAGUCAGGAGAGGUCUUGUGUCAGCAUUCCAGAGUGAAGACCAGUGAAACCCGUUUCCAGAGCCUCUCAGCCCUUGUCAUUUUCAUUUUCUGCCACAAGCUGCUUUUAAACCAUUUCAUAAAGUUUCCAUAGUACAGAGCAGCUAAUUGUUCAAUAGUUAUUUAUACUAUUUAUACUGUUU